AUGGAAAGAGACUCCAAUGAAAGGGAAGAGAAAGAGGAUAAUGAUAGGAGUAGUAUUUUGCCAAUAUACUCAGCAGCUCGAUCUGAGCAAGACAUGUCUGCUAUGGUUUCUGUGCUCUCUCAAGUUAUUGGAAACUCUUCUUCUUCUGUUGAUUCCUCCUUGCAUGUUAAUCCACUAACCCUAAUUCCACAAUCCACUGCUACACUUCAGCAAAACCAGUCUCAAUCAUCUAUUCAAGAUCAAGGGAAUUCGGGACGGAGACGGUAUAGAGGAGUUAGGCAAAGACCAUGGGGUAAAUGGGCCGCCGAAAUCCGUGACCCAAAGAAAGCUGCUAGAGUUUGGCUUGGUACAUUUGAGACUGCUGAAGCUGCAGCACUUGCUUAUGAUGAAGCUGCUCUUAAAUUCAAAGGCAACAAAGCUAAACUCAAUUUCCCUGAAAGAGUUCAAGGCCAAACUCAAUUCCAAUACCUUACUACUACUCAAAAUAAUACUAGUCACUUGCCUAAUAUUGUUCCUCAACAACAACAAUUUCCAGCUGCCACGUCAUCAAAUAAUCAUCUUUCGAUCCCUUCUAAUUUUCAGUCUUAUUACCCUAAUGUGCACCAAUAUGCUGAGCUACUUCGUAGUGACAAUAAUGUUACUGAUUUGAACUUCGGUGUCUCGCCAAGUAGUUAUCACUAUUUAUCACCAGGUUCUUUUGAUUUUUCGCAAUCAUCAUGUAACACAUCGUUGGAAUUGCCAGCAUCGAAUGAGGAGCAGCAACAACUAAGUAAUUAUUAUCAGCAAGAAGAUGAAGCAUCGCAAUUUAGAAAUUCUAGUUCAAGUUGUGGACCUCAUGGAGGUAACUGGGAAGAGUUUGAACACGGAAAGUAACUUCAAAUUCUCCUACGAAAUGCCAUGCCAGUGGCGAGGAUGUUGUCGAGAAUAUAUGAUUAAGUGAGUAAAAGUGUGUUAUCUUUAACGACUUUAGCUUUCAAAUGAGAUGGUCUUCUACUUGGUAUUAGAACAGACAAAGGUCUGAGUUUGAGGCUCACUUAUCAUCUGGCAUCAAAACGAAUUUCCACAUUCUUGGACCGUGAAAACGAAUCAGGCCUGCGUGUUAGGUGACAUGUUGAGAAUACAGUUAAAGUGGGGGCUUUUAAUAUUUUUUUUUGUGAUCUUUCAGUUAAUUGUAACUUCAGACUUCAGAGCGGCUUUUAGCGUAACUUGCUAUGAACUAUAUAUAGUCGUGAAGUAACGGAAAAUAUGUACGGUGUGAUUUUAUGCAAGGUUAACUAAGCUUCUCUUCA